AAUUAAACGUUUGAUUCAACCUGAGUAAAUUUAGUGGUCACUCGUAAAUAGAGACGGAUAAAAGUGUAGGAUUUUUGUUGGAUAAGAAUCGGAGACAUACUCCGUACUGGGAUUGAUUUGGUAAUAAAUUUUUACCAGUUUGGUAGUAUUUUUGUCAUUUCUCUGGCCAGUAAUGUUUUAACACAGGUUUUCUAAAAGUAAAUGAAAUUUGCAUCUCUCACACUCUUAAUAAUCCGGUAAGGUCACGCAGUUUCCACAAAAUAAAUCUGCAUUGCUAUGACGUCCUCGAGGUCCAAAUUGGAAUCCGCGCCACGCACCGUAGCCUUCGCGCCGUCGGAAUCUGGCGGCGCGGAAGGGAACUGCGAAGUGAGCGUGUACGCCGCGGUCGACGUGAGCGGAAGCAUGGCGGGUCCCAAGGCGACCGAAGUGUGCGAAGCGCUCCAGCGGAUCAUCGACGACUGUCCGGACAAUGUUCUGUUCGACAUCACGUUGUUUUCGACGACCACGUGGAAAGCCGCGACGGCGCUAAAAACUGGAUUGAACACGGGAAAACUGAUCGCGGAAAUUCAAACGGCGUGCGGACGGAAAGGAAUGACCGCGCUGUAUGAUGCGUGGGGCAAUAUGUUGACUAGUAUUCCGAAAGCGGUUUUGAAAAACGGUUUCGUGAAAAUCUUUGUGCUCACGGAUGGCGAGGACAACUGUUCCACGAAAUACGAUGCGAACUCUAUCGUCCAACUGACAAAAAGUAUUGUGGGCGGGAAUUCCAAAUUUGACUUUAUUCAAGUUGGAAAAGGUGGAAAUGCGGGGAUUGUCAGUGCCCUAAAGACCCUAAAUACUGCGACGGGAAAUAAUGCUUUUCGCUCGAUGGUUGUGGAUGAUUCAGCUAAAGGAAUAAGAUCCGCCAUGUCCACCGUGCACAAGGAUAUCCUGCUUUCCACCACGAGUAAGAAUAACCCAGGUAAUUCAACCCUAAAAGCGUCAGCUACUGGAUCCGGGCAGACUCACGUGGGGCUAACUUCAGGUUCGACAAGAAAUGCAAAUCCAAGUUCGCGCGGUGCCGCGAGCGCAACCGCAACGCUAAGCAGUAUCCACGAGGCGAAGCUUAUCCAAAGUUUUUCCGCGGCGGAUAUGAUGUCGACAAGGAAAGUUGGGUCGACAACGGGGGCCAGCAGUAAGGGUGGGGCCGGACCUAGUAGUAGCCGCCCUGGUGGCGGUACAAGCAACAGUCAAGCGGGAACUAAGAAGACGGAAAACGGCAAUAUUCUGAGCAGUACGAGUUCAUCAUUUCGCUUGCAGUGAUUGUUUUAAUUAAAUACUUGGAAUUCAAAAUAUUCGCGUGCUUAGGGUCCGUUCAUAAAUUAUAUAACGCCAAAAUCGCACACCCUUUAACAUGUUACAUAUGUAGCUACAUUUCUAAUUAAUUAAUAAUUGAUAAUUAUAAGGAAAAUAUUUUGCCUAAUUAAUUGGCAGUUAGUAAUUAAACUCGGCUUACAAAUUAAGCCAGUCAAUUAGCUAAUUAAUUAAAAUAUUGACAAAUUAAUGGAUGAUUUUUAGUGAUUUUCUAAUUAAUUAGUAAUUAAAAUUAGCUUAUGUAUUACUAGUUAAGGUUAAUUAGGAAUUAAUACUUAGUUUAAACAUGCUAUGUAAUUAGAUAAUUAAUUAAAUUCACUAGUUAAUUAGAAAGCCCUGUUAAUAGGAAAGACAUGAUCUCGCAAUGGGCAAGUUUGACGGAGAUUUUUGCAUCCAAAGAAGACAAAGUACGGCAAAUUUUCUCUUCUUCGGAUGUAAAUAUCUCUGCCAACCGUGCAGAUGGGGAGAUAGUCUUUUGCAGUGCAGUUUAAAUUUAGGAUCGAUUGACACUUACAUUUUGCUCAAAGUCGGGUCGUCGAGCAUAAGCUGCUCGACGUCCAUUGCGAAUUGAACAAAACAUUAUUGAAAGUUAAUUAUAAUUUGAUUUGAUUUAAACCUUUAUUCAACUGUUAAUAGAAAUCAGUUUACAAAAACUGGUUUAAAUUGUAUGACACGAAUAGCCAUAUAAAUUUAAGCGAAUUACUAAACUAAUACGCGAGCUAGUAAUAAAUAUGGGAAAUUUUUAUUUAGGGUGCA